AUGAAUCUGCAGGAAGAGGAAGUGAAAAGAGAACUGUUUAUAAUUGAGUGUGAAGACGGCUUUAAACCCCGUUCAGAAAAAUCAAAAAUGAUUUCCGUGAUAAAGAAAAGUAGUGUUGACAUAAAGAAUUGGUUUUAUGAAACUGGAUCAAGAAAUAGUUUGCCGGAAUCCUGGGAUGAAUUCAAAUUACGAAUUAUUGAUUUGUUUAUUGAACAAGUACUUGAUUCACUGUAUAGAUACACAAAUGAACCAUGGAGUAAGUACGUCGAAAGAAUACGUGAUAAAGCAUUU